AUGGCUUCCAGAGAGCCCAAGCCUUGCCGUUCCAAGAAGGCUGCAAAGUGCAACUUCCCACAGAUUCGUAACCGGGACCCUGAUCAGCGUGGCAGGGACAUCCCGGAGGAGAUCAUGGCAGAGGGUCGAGGGAGCAGUAUCGCGACAGACAACCCUAUGUGCGACGUCCUCAGCAGUAUCAGGACCAUCGCACCUACGAACCUCGUCCUGGGCCAGAGGGGAGGCACCCUCACUACCCAGAACAAUAUCCAUCAUCCCGGGAUCCGUAACCGGGACCCUGAUCAGCGUGGCAGGGACAUCCCAGACGAGAUCAUGGCAGAGGGUCGAGGGAGCAGGUGUUCAUCUCCUCCUGGAGCUCAACGCUCCUCUCGCCCCACCCAACAACACUAUCGCGACAGACAACCCUAUGUGCGACGUCCUCAGCAGUAUCAGGACCAUCGCACCUACGAACCUCGUCCUGGGCCAGAGGGGAGGCACCCUCACUACCCAGAACAAUAUCCAUCAUCCCGCGGUGCGGAGAGAACAAUCCGUAACCGGGACCCUGAUCAGCGUGGCAGGGACAUCCCAGACGAGAUCAUGGCAGAGGGUCGAGGGAGCAUGUAUUCAUCUCCUCCUGGAGCUCAACGCUCCUCUCGCCCCACCCAACAACAGUAUCGCGACAGACAACCCUCUGUGCGACGUCCUCAGCAGUAUCAGGACCAUCGCACCUACGAACCUCGUCCUCGGCCAGAGGGGAGGCACCCUCACUACCCAGAACAAUAUCCAUCAUCCCGGGGUGCGGAGAGAACAAUCCGUAACCGGGACCCUGAUCAGCGUGGCAGGGACAUCCCAGACGAGAUCAUGGCAGAGGGUCGAGGGAGCAUGUAUUCAUCUCCUCCUGGAGCUCAACGCUCCUCUCGCCCCACCCAACAACAGUAUCGCGACAGACAACCCUAUGUGCGACGUCCUCAGCAGUAUCAGGACCAUUGCACCUACGAACCUCGUCCUGGGCCAGAGGGGAGGCACCCUCACUACCCAGAAGAAUAUCCAUCAUCCCGGGGUGCGGAGAGAACAACCCGUAACCGGGACCCUGAUCAGCGUGGCAGGGACAUCCCAGACGAGAUCAUGGCAGAGGGUCGAGGGAGCAGGUAUUCAUUUCCUCCUGGAGGUCAAUGCUCCUCUCGCCCCACCCAACAACAGCACUCCAAACGGCCUGGCAAACAGACUCCUAAAGCCGUCGACCCCACUACUCAGCCAAUCGUGAUGAACAAAAAAGAGGCCUCCGACACCAAACCAGGACCAGAUGAUGAGCCAAAAUUGCAGCCCGUUGGUCUGAGGUCUUCCUCACCUGGGCUUGUACCACCUGAUGUUCAGCCAAAGAAUUCAGGGAAUGCCUGCAAACCAGUUAUGAAGAGGGUAAGCCUCCCAGUGGAACCAGAGUCAGAUAUAACACCUGUUAUAUCCCCUCAUUCCCCUCAGGACCUGUUAAAGGAGGUCCGCAGUAUCCUGAACAGGCAGACGCCUCAGAAGUUCCUCCAGCUGGUGAAGCAGGUGAAGGACUCACCCAUCGACACGGAGGAGCAGCUCAAAGGAGUCGUGGACCUCCUGUUUGAGAAAGCCAUGGACGAGACCAGCUCAUUGGUGGCCUACGCGAAGAUGUGCAACUGCCUCGCCACGCUCACAGUGCCCACCCCUGACAAACCCCAAAAGACAGUGAACUUUCACAAGCUGCUGAUAAGCCGCUGUCAUGAGGAGUUGGAGAAGUUGGAGAAAUACAAGGUGGAUGAUGUGGUCAAGGACAUUACCCGGCGGCGUUCCAUCGGAAACAUAAAGUUCAUCGGAGAACUGUUCAAGGUCAAGAUGCUAAAUGACUUCAUCGUGCAUGACUGCUUGGACAAGCUGCUGACUAACAACGACGAAGUGGCUUUGGAGUGUUUGUGCAUCCUGCUCACCGUCAUCAGCAAGGACCUUGAUUAUAAUGAGACCAAGAUGGAUCACUAUUUCAACUCUAUGGAAGAUAUCGUCACAGAGGGGAAGACAUCCCCUCGGAUACGGUAUAUGCUGCAGGACACUAUAGACCUGGUUUCGCUGAACUUGGUGCCUCGAAAAGCCAAGCAGGAUCCAAAACCCGUUCAGCAGAUCCACAACGAGGCAACGAUUGAGGAUCAGGAGGAGCCGAGGAGCGUGCAGCAGCCACUGCUCUCCGAAGACACCAAGAUACAGCCAGAUGAUGCUCCAACACUGCAGCCCGUUGGUCUGAGGUCUGCCUCCCCUGGGCUUGUGCUGCCUGAAGCCCCCGUGGCUGCACUCCAGCCCCAGGCCUCUAGUCCUAAACAGGUUCCCACUCCUCCACAGAACCAAGGCUCUGAAGCCAGGGGAACUCUGGAAAGUCAAACGGGUUCAAGCAAGAAGCGGAGGAGGCGCAGGAAGCCCAAUAACCAGCUGCAGACAGCUGGUCUGAGGUCUGCCUCCCCUGGGGUUGUGCUGCCUGGAGCCCCAGGUGAGAGUGGGGAAGCUCAGGCCACUACUCCCUGUAGAGAACCGGAUCUUCCCCUCCCCGCCUCUCUCAGCCCCCUGUCCAUCGUCGAGGAGCUCCUCAACUUUGACAACUCGAAGCAGCUCCAGUGUCUUCAUUCAGACGCCUCCAGCUCUGAGGCGACUCUGUCUGAGGGAAGCUGGUCUCCCUGGGAGCUGCAGAAGCAGAUGCUGGGAAUCAUGCUGGAAGACAUGGCCUGUGACUCGGACAUCUUCGACUGUGUGAAGGAGAAGCUGGAGAGAAGUCAAAAGAGCUCAUCUCCCUACCUGAUGGAGUUAAUGACGGCUGUGUGUCAGGCAGCAGUGAAAGAAAACACCAGUUGUCCUGUGCACGCCGCCCUCCUGCAGAAGGGACUGCCUGUGGUCCUGGAGGACCGGCACUCGGAGAAGGAGCAACAGAGGAAAGCUCUUAAAGAUCUUCAGGAGCUUAUUGUCACCCUCGAUGGGCCUCCAAACCUUCUCCGAAUGUUCUUCACCUGCAUGUGUGACGAGGACAUCAGUUCUGAGGACUCGUGCUGCAAGUCUGGGACAGGCAAAGACCAGGAGCAGCUUGGUAAAGACGUGGCCCUUCAGACCGUCACAGCCUUCUUCACCUGGCUGCGGGAGGCGGAGCCCCAUGGAAAUUGAGGAGGGGAGACCCCCGGGGGACAGGCCCGGGCAG